CCCCGGGAUUUAAAGGGCCCGCUCGCCGCGCUGCUCUCCAAGCCGCAGCUGGUCCCGGCCUUGCGGCCUGCGGGGGAGGCUGCCCGGAGGAGGCGGCGACGGUGGCGGCGGCAGUGCGUCCCCGGUCCCCGGGACCGCAGCUUCCUUCCUGCCAGAGUGACUCUACCUUGGAAACCAGAGAGCGUCCCCAUUUGAUAUACCGGCCUGGAAUGUACACCAUUCAUUCCCCAUCGGACCCCGACUCCUCACAGCAUAGGAGAGACACAGGUCUAUCCAUCUGUCCAUCCAUCCGUGAGGGGCUGCGAUGGCCACCUUCAGCCGCCAGGAAUUUUUCCAGCAGCUGCUGCAGGGCUGUCUCCUGCCUACUGCCCAGCAGGGCCUUGACCAGAUCUGGCUGCUCCUUGCCAUCUGCCUCGCCUGCCGCCUCUUCUGGAGGCUCGGGUUGCCAUCCUACCUGAAGCACGCAAGCACCGUGGCAGGAGGGUUCUUCAGCCUCUACCACUUCUUCCAGCUGCACAUGGUCUGGGUUGUGCUGCUCAGCCUCCUGUGCUACCUUGUGCUGUUCCUCUGCCGACAUUCCUCCCAUCGAGGCGUCUUCCUCUCCGUCACCAUCCUGAUCUACCUGCUCAUGGGUGAGAUGCACAUGGUGGACACUGUGACGUGGCACAAGAUGCGAGGGGCCCAGAUGAUCGUGGCCAUGAAGGCAGUGUCUCUGGGCUUCGACCUGGACCGGGGCGAGGUGGGUGCUGUGCCCUCACCUGUGGAGUUCAUGGGCUACCUCUACUUCGUGGGCACCAUCGUCUUUGGGCCCUGGAUAUCCUUCCAAAGCUACCUACAGGCUGUCCAAGGUCGCCCUCUGAGCCGCCGAUGGCUGCAGAAGGUGACCCGGAGCCUGGCGCUGGCCCUGCUGUGCCUUGUGCUGUCCACCUGUGUGGGCCCUUACCUCUUCCCGUACUUCAUCCCCCUUGAUGGUGACCGCCUCCUUCGAAACAAGAAACGCAAAGCCAGGGGCACCAUGGUAAGGUGGCUGCGAGCCUACGAGAGUGCUGUCUCCUUCCACUUCAGCAACUAUUUUGUGGGCUUCCUGUCUGAGGCCACGACCACGUUGGCAGGAGCUGGCUUCACCGAGGAGAAGGAUCACCUGAAAUGGGACCUGACAGUGUCCAAGCCACUGAACGUGGAGCUGCCUCGGUCCAUGGUGGAAGUUGUCACAAGCUGGAACCUGCCCAUGUCUUAUUGGCUAAAUAACUAUGUUUUCAAGAACGCUCUCCGCCUGGGCACCUUCUCAGCCGUGCUGGUCACCUAUGCAGCCAGCGCCCUCCUGCACGGCUUCAGCUUCCAUCUGGCUGCGGUGCUGCUGUCUCUGGCAUUUAUCACUUACGUGGAACACGUCCUCCGGAAGCGCCUGGCUCGGAUCCUCAGUGCCUGCGUCUUGUCGAAACGGUGCCCACCAGACUGUUCACACCAGCAUCGCUUGGGCCUGGGGGUACGAGCCUUAAACCUGCUCUUUGGGGCCCUGGCCAUCUUCCACCUGGCCUACCUGGGCUCCCUGUUUGAUGUCGAUGUGGAUGAUACCACAGAGGAGCAGGGUUAUGGCAUGGCAUACACUGUCCACAAGUGGUCAGAGCUCAGCUGGGCCAGUCACUGGGUCACUUUUGGAUGCUGGAUCUUCUACCGUCUCAUAGGCUGAGGCACAUCUGUGGACCCUCCAACUUCCCUCAAGACUCAACCCCUCCUCAGGGUGCCAGCUCUGAUGGAGGAUGAGGGAUGGCCCUCUAAUUCUUGACCCUGCUCCAUCAUAGUCCCCCUAACACCCUUACACACACACACACACACACACACACACACACACACACCAUUUUCAUGCCUGCUGAUCCCCACCCCACCACAAGGCGGGAAGGGGGUGGUCCCUGCUGGGGCCAAGGGAUGGGGGAUGCUUAGGGAAGCAGAGAGGGGGAAAUGCACAGAACUUCCCGCCUUCCCACUCCCUUUUUAUAUACAGUUUGUUAUUGUCAAAUAAAAGUAGGAAAUAUACAAAAGACUCUU